CAGUCCCCCUCCCCACUUACCCUCUCGCUCCCGGAUCUGAACUCCUCCGAAAAAAUCGUACCCGAGAGAAACCCUAGCGCUGGAGGUUUUCCGCCGUGGCGCCUCGCCGGAGACCUCCGCCCGCCGCGGCCGCCGACGCGUCGCCCUCUUCCUCCCCAAGGAAGUCCGGCGGAGAUGCGCCGCCGCCCGCCGGGGGCACGCCGGCGGCGGCGGCGGCGGCCGGCGUCGCCCCCUGCGAGCAGGCCAGGAAGGCUCUGUGCGUGCGGUCGCCUUUCGACGGGGAGGAGGCGGCGGGGCGGGUCCCCUGGCUGCCGUCCCGGGUCGCCAGAUGGGCGGUGGUGGGCGACGUGCGGAAGAAGCAUAAGAAGGGCCAGUCCCAGCAGCCGCAGCCGCAGCAGCAGCCAGAGCCGGCACCUGCCGUGGAGCAGCACCCGAGGGUGCCUGCUGGGUGCAAGGGCUUUUGGGAGCAGUUGGAGCCGUACUUCCGCGAGUUCACAGCGGAGGAUUUCGAGGAAUUGGUGACGAAGCAUCAAUUCCGUCCGAGCAAGGUUGAUCCAUGUUUCCUCAUACCUCUUGUGGGCAGUGGCAAGGAGUUAGGGGAGAAUUCGGAUCCAUCUCCUGCUUCUCUGGCAGAUGAGAGCUCGGAUUUGCACCCGAAGUUGGGCAACCAUAACGAGGAGUCGGAGAGUAACAAAGUGCAGGAUAUGCUGGAGAGUUCGGAUCAUAUAGGUGCCAGUGUAGAGCUCGUUACUAAAGAUGAGAGUAACAAAGAGAACUGUGAUCAGGACAUGCAGGAAGUGAUUGUGCAGCAAGAGGAGCAGCCGGUUCAAAUUGUGCUGGACCAAGGCAGAACAGAUGACAUUGGUUUACCAAGAUGCAGAGAGAAUUCGGUACCUUCUUUGAGUUGGCUCCUAGGAGCAAGGGGACGGUUUGUGCUCACAUCAGAGCGGUCAAACAAAAAGAGGAAGCUCUUGGGUGCAGAUGCUGGACUAGAGCAGCUUGUGCUGCUGCCAUCCUUGGAUGGUGAUACUGAUUCCAUUUGUGACGUUUGUUGUUUGGGAGAAAGUGAUUUGGUGUUGAACAGGAUGCUUCACUGCAGGAACUGUGAGAUAUCUGUGCACCAGAAGUGUUACGGUGUGAAUGUUGUGCCAGAUCGCUUCUGGUUUUGCCUUUGGUGUAGCCGGAAUAUGGAGAUGCCACGGAGGCUGACACGGAGUGAUACGUGCAGGACUGUGUUAACACCCUGUGUGCUCUGUCCAAAGGAGAAAGGUGCUUUAAAACCUGUAAAAAGGGACCCUGGUCCAUCCACAGAUGGAGGAAACCAAGAAUUUGUACAUUUAUUUUGUAGUCUUUGGAGACCAGAGUUUCAUGUAGAGGACAUGGAAGCAAUGGAACCUGUCACCACUAUAGUAGAUACCCAAGAGAAUCAGUCAAAAUUGGUGUGCAGCCUUUGCAAGGUCACGCAUGGUGCCUGUAUCCGCUGUAGCCAUGGAGCAUGCAGGGCUUCUUUUCAUCCUAUAUGUGCAAGAGAAUCGAAGCUUCAGAUUGAGAUAUGGGGGAAGUUUGGCCUUGACAAUGUUGAGAUGCGAGCAUUUUGUGCAAAGCAUUCUGCUGUCAGAGGUAUCAGCUCCAUCUCUGAACUGGACUCCACGCAAGUUGAACUGCAUGAUGGAAAACUUGUUACUAGGAAGGAGCAGCAAGUGAGAUUUACACGCAGUAACAAGAACAAAUCUGUGAGCGACACAAUAACUAGUAGUUCUUAUAGCCUAAACAAUACACAGACAGCAGAAGUGGCUACUUCUCCAUCCAUUGUUGGAAGCGCAGAAAAUCAAGAAACUCGAAGCUCAGAUCUUGUUGCUGAUCGACCAACUGCAGAUGGGAACCUUAUGAGCAAUUCUGGAGAUGUUUCUGGAGUUCUUAGAGAGCUAGUUGACCAAGGAAAGGUUAGUGUUGGUGGCUUAGAAUCAGAACCUUGUCUUGGUUCAGAAUCCCCAGAAGCUGCUCUUAAGCCUGACACAACUGCCUUCUCCCCUGAUCUGAAGUUGAAAAUCAUCACACAGCUGCAAAACUCUGUGUGUGUACCUUCUGUUCAAGUGAAAUCUAUUGCAGAGGUUUCUUUGGCACCACAAGGUACAUUGCUUAGGAGUGAAAGUAAGGACACAGCCAUUGCUGAACUUCAAUCAGGACAGGAGGAAGGCAGCUCAUCGAUUGAUCAUCGUCUCAAAAAUGACAAUGCCAAUAAGGGCGAUUCAAUUCAAAAUGGCUUUCACAGCUGUUUUGAUCCUGAUGUAAAUACGGUUUCUGGUCGGCGUUUGCUCAACGUUGAUGGUUACAGCUGCUAUGUUCAUCCAUUCAUAGAGAAAAAGGUGAAAGAUUUCGGGGGUAAUAACUUGGAGCAAACUAUACUAGGAAAUGAUUGUCAUGAAGGGUUAUGUUGCUCUCCUCAUAAUGAGGACUUCGCGAAACUUGGGCAAUUAGCAGACACGGCUGACGUGGGUCAAGUCCCUGAAGCAAAAUCAUCAGAUAUUCUGGAGCAUUCACCUGAUGAUGAAAUAGAAGGGGAAAUUGUUUAUUUACAAUCCAGGCUACUCAAUGGUGUUGUUUCCAUGAAACAGAGAUAUGAAGAUUUGAUACUCAAGGUUGUCCAGAAUAUUUCUUACGAGUUGGAUUCUGUCAAUAAAAGGAAAUGGGAUCAUAUAAUUGUGAACCAGUUCCUUCGUGAUCUGAGGGAAGCUAAGAAACGCGGGAACUCAGAGAGGAGGCACAAGGAAGCUCUAGCUAUCCUAGCUGCAACUGCACCUUCCGUCGCACCAAUCUCAAGAAAUGCAACGGUGAGGAAAGAUGCAGAAAACAAGGUUACAUCUGCUAGACAAGAGAACAUGGCCAGAGCUAAUGCUGGAUCCUCAAGAAUUACCCAACUAUCUUCAUUGCUACAAGCAAAGGACUUAUCAUUUUCUAAUAGCAAAGUCUCAGAAGAUAGCAACUUUGGCAUUUUUGAUCUGGCUAAAUUCUCCAAGAAAAGUGCUCUUCCUUGUGAUAUAUGCAUGCGUUGUGAUACUGUAUUGAACCGUAUUUUCGUCUGCUCCUGCUGCAAGGCUGCUGUCCACUUAGAUUGCUACCAGAGUCUGAAGUAUCCCACAGGCCCCUGGAAGUGCGAACGCUGCCAAGAAAUGCCCUUGGAUUCUGUUAUCUCUUGUAAUCAAUCAGAUUGUAAUGGUGUAAAAGCAUGUUUGGUGCAAUGUGGUUUGUGCCAUGGAUCAUCUGGUGCUUUCAGAAGGACUACGAAGGGGCAAUGGGUCCAUGCUUUCUGUGCUGAGUGGCUGUUGGAGACCACAUUCAGAAGAGGGCAACAUAAUGCAGUUGAUGGAAUGGAGAGGCUUCACAAGGAUAAAGAUGCAUGCUCUAUAUGCCACCGCUAUGUUGGUGCAUGCUUGAAGUGCAGCACAGCAGACUGUCAAAUUACUUUCCAUCCUCCAUGUGCUAGAGAUGCUGGUUUUUACAUGAACACAAAGAGAAUCGGUAAUAUGUUACAACAUAAAGCAUACUGCGGCAGACACAGCAUCGAGCAGAGAAAGGCUUUUCGUCAGCAAUAUGGACCUGAGGAUGUCAAGAGCAUGAAACAAAUGAGGGUUGAAUUGGAAUUGUUGCGCUUCCUUUGUGAGAGGAUUAUGAAGAGAGAGAAAGUGAAGAAGGAUUUGGUUGUAUGCGAACAUGACAUACUCGCUGCAAGAAGGAUGACUUCUGUCUCGUCUACGUGGAGUUCUUAUUAUGCAUCUGGACCUGGAGCAAGUUCAGAAUCUGCCACUACAUCUGUUAAUAACAAAUCAUAUAGUGGAACGAUGCAAAGAUCCGAUGAUGUCACAGUGAGAUCAGAUGAUGUCACAGUGGACAGCACUGUUACCAAGAAACAUACUGUCAGGUUUUCUCUGCAUAACAGGGACGCUGAUAGGAAUACAGCGGACAGUUCGACAUCAACAAUAUCAUAUAAGAGGAAGUUGGAUGAUGGGGAAUCACUUGCUAUCAAGAGGCUUCCCGAAAUGCCUACUGCUUUAGAGUCAGGGGAUGUGGAAAAGAAACCAACAGAUAAAAAGCAGCGUAGAGAAUCAUAUCAAAAGGAGCUUGUUUUGAGUUCUGACCAAGCUUUAUUGAAGAAGAAGAGCCCUCCAGAGAGAUAUGUUUAUACUCGCCGGAGUUCCCUGUCCAAAAGGAAGCAAUGCAGUCCGCAUGUAGCAGAAGGGCCUGGUGGAUAGCCAUGAUGGCUCCUUCAUGGGAUGUCUCGAGAAUAUUCUGUUGAAGCUUGAUGUGGAAAACACAUACAGCAUGAAGCUGGCUAUUUUAGCCAUGCCAUAGCCACCAAGGCAGGCACGGUGGGGACUGGGGAGACCAGGGUUGGAAACAUGGUGCAAGCUGGGCUCAUAUAACCAAUAUAUUUGAGCUUCCGACUGAGAACAUUCUGACUCAUUGAGCCCACGUCACUGGAGGCCAGCGGGCGUGAAUUGAUUCAACAAUGAUUUCGUUAUCAAGGGCAGGUUUUGUGCAUUAUGCCCUGUUGCCAGUAUGGCCAUCUGCACAGUAAUUGUGUCGAAGAAGCAAAAGCGAUGGGUGAUGAAAGAAAAAGAUCAGAGAAUUGUUACUAACUGAUGACUUCCAGUAGGCCAUCCGUACAUGAAUAUCCAUGUUUAGGAGUUGUAGCAUGUGGGUUCUAAUGUACUAACCGAAUUGCAUGUUUAGUUUUGUGGCUUACAUUUGUUCUGACUUGAGAGAUGAACCCUUGGCGAUUUGUAGGGCAUUUCAUGUUUGUACAGGAAUGCAGGCUCAGCAUUUUGCUAUGUAGGACGGUGCCUUUUUGUGAUUUCAAAAAAAAAAAAUCUGUUAGUAUUAGUAGCCGCCAUUUUGACAUAUGGUGUUGAUAUCUGUUACUGCAGAGGCUGUUCCUUGCUGAUGUUGAGCGCGCAGCUCGUCAAUCUACUGCCUUGUGUUUGUCACCUGUGUUUUGUGCAUUUUCCCUGUAACCUCGCCUGUGUAAUGUAUGUGUAUAUUCAAUCCAACUGUUGUUUGGCGA